CGGGAAAAUAUUGAGCGGAUAAAUCCAGUAACCCGUGUGACGUUGACCGUCGGCAGUUGCGUUCUGCCACGUGAUUGGACAGAGACUCGGGAGGAAACAGCUGAUUUUCGAGGCAAACUUAGCCGAAAGAAAGAAAGAAAAAACACGCUGCUACAUCCAGAAACCUGCUUCAAGUCACGUGAAGAGAGCCAGGGGACGCUGUUUGUACAGAUUAGCAACAACCAAGUCAGCGGCAGCUGUCAUUUGUCCGACUGGGUCGGUGGUGGUGACGCUGAAACGCUAAACUGCUAACUACACUGAUCCUGAUCAUGAUGAACUUUAGCAAAAAUCAUGGCAGUCGAGCCAGCAAAGAAAAUAUGGCACCUUCAGCCAGAGUAGAUACGCUGCAGAGGUCCAAACAGCGGACGGUGCUCGGUGUCUUGUCAGAAAAUGAACUGCGAGGUCGAUCCCACAGCCAGGGUGGCCAGUUUUCCAAACACAGCUCAACCUCAGAGAGCUCUCAACUCAACUGUCUGGGCUGCCCUUCCAGCUCCAGCUAUGACGUGUACGUCGAAGAAGCUUGCGAAGUUGUCCUUGCAGCUUCUGGCGAAGAAGUUGUCGGAUACCGUUAUUACCAAGAUGCGGAAACCAAUACCCUGCACAAUGAAGAUAUGGUAAUCAUGCUGGAGCUGAGUUCAAAUCCAUGCCGGGAUGCUUCUACAUCUUCUGAAUCAGAGGAGGUGUUUUGUCUGGAGUAUGCAGGAGAGAUUCACCAGCACCUGAGGAAUAAUGAGAUUAAAUUCAGGUCAUGGCCAAAGUAUUUAGAGAAACACCCAGAGAUCACGGAUGACAUGCGCGUCGUUCUGGUGGACUGGAUGGUUGAGGUGGUGCAGGAAUUCCAACUUCAAGCUGAAACUCUUCAUCUUGCUAUCAAUUACUUGGACCGAUUUCUCUCCCUCAUCGGAAAUGUGAAACGAGGCAAUCUGCAGCUGGUUGGCACGGCUGCCUUAGUGAUUGCUGCAAAAUAUGAGGAGAAGUCACCUCCUAAACUCGACCAAUUUGUGUACAUCACAGACAACACCUACACUAAGACACAGCUGCUCCAGAUGGAGCAAGCAUUUCUAAGUGUGCUGGGCUUCAACUUGGCGGCACCCACCAUAAACUCGUUCCUUCAGCUUUUCAUGGCCAUCCAGUCUGUCUGUGCCAACACCAAAAACCUGGCUCUGUAUGUGGCGGAGUUAAGCCUGCUGGAAAUAGAUCCAUUUCUACAGUACAGCCCAUCUAUGGUUGCUGCUGCAGCCUACUGCCUAGCUACCUACACUAUAAACAAGUCUUUAUGGCCUGAUUCUUUAGUGGCUUUUAGCGGAUACACGAUGGCUGAAAUUUCUGCCUGCCUGAUUGACCUGUACAAGCUAUACGCCAGCGCAGAGAGUCGCCCACUACAGGCCAUCAGAGAAAAGUACAAAAGUUCAAAGUACUGUGGCGUGUCAUGGAUCACUCCCCCUGCUCUUUUGUUUUGACUCACUGCUUCACCCAUCUGAUUCUGAUAAACACAAUGAAAUGAAGAACAAAACAAACAAGCAAGCAAAGUGACAUUUGCUGCCAAGGCUAUUCAAACAAGCCCAUCUGGACAUUUUAUUAUUAUUUUUUUUAAAUUUAUGCAGAUGAAAAGAACCUGUCCAGAUGUUCCAGAUAUCUGCAAUACACUGCUUUUAGUAAUAAGCUGUGUCUGAUAUUUUUUGAGUUGUUUUGCAUGAAAAUGUCUGUUUUCUGGUAAGAUGCCACCUCUUACCUCUUAGAAAUCCUGUUUCCAUAGAAGUGGUUACCUCAGAUGAUUUCCUGCAUCACUACACAGCCAUCGUCUUUUCAUCCACAAUAUUUGCUUUUUACAUUUGUAUAUAUUUGCAGUGUGUGCUUUUUAAACUUUUAUUAACAUUUUUUUUCUACAGCACUUGUACAUGUGCAAUACAUACACAAAACGCAAGAUUUACUUUAAAAAAAACGAUAGCAUUAGAAACGUUAGAAAACGAUUUGCAUUAAAACAAACCGCCUUUUAAGCCUGAACUAAGGCACCAUUCUGCACAGUGAAUGUAAAUAUAAAAGUGAACUAAAAGUCACUUUUUAUAUGUACAUGGUGGCAAUGGAAAAGGUUUUGGAAGGUAGUAUUUAGUAGUAUUGUGCUAGAAUUAUGUAUUAUGACUGAUUCAAAAAUGUUUUUGACGAUAUGAACUUUUCAAUAAAAG